AAUUCUCAAACAUGUAUCAUGUUAGCUUGGCAUCAAUUAGUUAUCAACGUGUUUUUGACAGAGUUCAGUUUCGAAGCUACUCAGUUCUUUCACUGUCCUGUACUGAUAAACAACCACUCAAGCAGUACAAGCUUUCUCAUGCAGGGUAUCUUACGAUCCUAACACGAAUAACAAGAAAACGAAUGGAAACCCGGGAUGGAAAGUCCCAGAGCACAAAUGAAAUAAAUUAUAACUCAGCGGCUGGGUCAUUGGCAGAUUAAUGGCGUUUGAUGGUCAGAUGUCACGGAGUCCCGGGGCCAAGGGAAACCCCGCGGAGUGAAAAAAUACCAAGAGAUACCCCCGGAGAUACCUUGCGUAAAGUCGGAGAGAUCAACAUUUGAAUUUCCAGUCCAGGUCUGACACAGCGAUAACGAUGAUCAAGUGAUGAUGUCGAUGGAGUGGCACUGAAAUGCUAAAAGAAUGCGUUCUUUCAUCUUUAUAGCGGGUGUGUAAUCUGUGACUGUAACAGAUAAAGGUUCCAUUAUAUUUCUUCAAGUCAGGCUGACUAGAGUCGGACAGACGAAACCGAGACUCGGAGAUGAUUUGUUUAACUUAUCGGCCUCUCUCACUGGGAGUAAGAAGCCGACAUCCCUCAAACAAUGAAGGUUUGUAAUAACUGCCUUGUCCUCAUUGUUCUUAGUGUGUUGAAGAGCAGAUUUGGCGGUUUUGUGGUUAGAGAGCUACCGGAAGUGAUCUAACAAAGAAACGACAAAGAUCAAAUCACCAACGGCUGUUGUGGAGUCACUUGCGAACGAGACCUUUCUUCUCAGUUGUGAUGUGCGAGCAGUGAGCAAGCUUGUGUUUGCUGUAGUGCAAAUAGGAAUUCGGUCGGUCGCUGGACAAAGUUUGCAGGGACGAGUUUGAAAAGCAUUUAAUUCAAAACUACAAGAGACACUGGCUUCUGCGCGGAUACAAGGUGAGUUAGGGAUCACUGCGGACACUAAAUGAACUACUGUUUAGGGGAUGGUCACGCUUAUUGCUGAAAACUCGCUGCACUCAAGAUAAAGAAUUGCGGCCGGCGUUAAGUGGGCGAAUGUCUUAGUUUUGUUUAAGGGUAGUUCGCAUGAAUAUUCACAAUACUCGCAAAAUGAAAUACAUAGCGUUUGGGAUUUACUUGGGUAAUACAAUCCACAGAAGCCAGUGUGAAGUGAACACAUGUUUUGAGGGAAAUCUCCACCAUCUGGAGGACGUGGUGUUGGAUGACAAAUUAUUUAGAUGUAACUGGGUUUGUGUUACUGUUUCUUUGUGAGUGUCAGUGCAAUUCAAAAAGUUGGCUCCCAUGUGCUCCCAUGUGCAGAGUUCGCAUGCUGCUGGCCGCUGAUGCCCGGACGCCUGGAGAAGGCCAAAUUAUUGACGGAAUGUCGCAAUUUCGAUGUGUUCACAUGAUUGUUCGCACACCGUUCCGACAAAAUUUAUAUACUUCGUGGUCACAUCAUCGCCUCGCAGAUGUCCGUUAUUUCUUAUUAUUUUAGUUUCCAGUGUCGAAAAUUAGAACAAUUUUUUGAUCAAAAAUAAGAAAGGCCUAAAAGAAAAGUAUAGUUUAAACGGAAACUUGUAACCUUUCCAACCACGGAAACAAUUUAGUAAUAAUUCAGUGUUAGCGAGAGUUGCCUCAAUAGAAGUGAAACACAGAAUCGGUGCCUGGGGUGAUUGAAGUCUAAAUUAAUACCUGUCAAUACUGGAAUUACACAGGAAAUUGAAUCUGCAAUUGAUUUAGAAACAGCAAUACGCUGCAGAACGAGAAGACAGUAAUUUUACAGUUUCCUCAGCUGCGCGGCAGCCACGCAUUCCGCUGAUGUUUUUCAGUCAUCGGACUCAGCAAAUUUUGUGGCACAAAAAUGCAAAGUAUUUCGGCAAGGUGACGACCUACUGAAAUAAGGAAAUCCGUUAAAGCCAUUUGUUAGGAGUUCUUAGAACAUAAUUCCACUGAUUAUAAUAACUACUUGAGAUGCUUAGUUUUCGUCUCGCAACGUAAAAAAAAAUUGCCUCAAAUGUUAUUAAAAUAACAUUUUGUCAUAAAAAUACUUCAUUAAAACUUUACAUGAUAAUGUUCUUACAAUCAUUGGUAAUACUUUAAAUACUUGAAGUUUGCGGGGAGGAAGUGGUGUAAAUUGCUGAAGUGAUCAGAAAAUCUUGUAGUCGUAUUGGCACCAGAAGUGCACCUCUGUUGGCACAAGAUUUUAAUUCCUGGGAUAAGCUUCUCUCACUGUCAAUCAGCCAACAUGCAGCACAGAAGGGGCACCAAACAAAUAAUUAUAAGCUUUCAGAUUCAUAAAAAGGAAACCCAGAAGACACGCUGGGGGCUAAAAUAGAACAGUUAAUGUAAAGGCCCACGAAGUGAAACAUCCGAGAGUGCAAGACAUGGAAUAUAGAUUGACAAAGACAAAAUGGCGGACUCUGUGGCUAGCGAUAGCUCUAUUGCUUCUUUUUGGCGUGCACCAGUCACGCUGUGAUAUCCUGCCAGUCAAAGCUAUUCACCAUAACAACACUGCUUUACAUCAAGUGUUGGAAGCUUUGGCAGCGACUUAUCCCAACAUAACACGGUUGUACUCCAUUGGAAAAUCCUAUCAAGGCAAAGGCUUAUGGGUACUGGAGAUCACGAGGAAUCCUGGGAUGCAUACACCGGGGAAACCUGAGUUCAAGUACGUGGCAAACAUGCAUGGAAACGAGGUUGUCGGACGAGAAAUGCUUCUUUUGUUGGCGGAUUAUCUGUGUUCAAAUUAUGGACGUGACGAGAGGGUUACAAAACUUGUCGACACAACCAGAAUCCACUUGUUACCUUCAAUGAAUCCCGAUGGAUGGGAGAGUUCUAAGGAAGGCGAUUGUUCGAGUGUCAGAGGAAGAUUCAACGCAAACGGUGUCGAUUUGAACAGGAAUUUUCCUGAUCCUUACGACGGGCAGAAGAAUGAACUCCAACCUGAGACUCAAGCUGUCAUGAACUGGAUUCACCAGGAGCCAUUCGUCCUCUCAGCAAACUUACACGGAGGGACACUGGUAGUGAAUUAUCCCUUUGAUAACCUCCCGAGAGAAUUGAAGAGGUCUGGAACUAGAGUCUACUACAGUUCCCCGGAUGAUGACAUUUUUGUUUCCAUCUCCAAAGUUUACUCACUGGCGCAUCCCACAAUGCACAAGGGCCAUCCUCAAUGUCCAAUCCAGCGAAGGGAAAGAUUUACUGACGGGAUUACAAACGGGGCGGCCUGGUACCCAAUCUCUGGAGGAAUGCAAGACUACAAUUAUUAUAAAACAAACUGUUUUGAGAUAACAUUGGAACUUGGUUGCUGUAAAUAUCCGCCAGCUCUUUACAUCAUGCGCUACUGGUACGCAAACCGCGAGGCCUUGCUCAAGUUCAUCGAAUUGGUGCAUAAGUCCGGAAUAAGGGGCUUUGUAGUUGAUGAGAAGGGCCUUCCUCUUGAGGGGGCAAGGAUCAUCAUCGAGAAUCGCGCCAAAAAGAUUAAGACCUCCAAGGAUGGCGACUUCUGGCGGCUCUUGGUUCCAGGAAAUUACACCGUCCGCGUAGCUAAACGCAGAUUUAAAAACUCCAAGAAGACCGUAACUGUUGAUCCAGAUGUAUCGACAGUUGUAAACUUCACUCUGUUUAGAAAGAAUUCAAAUAAUUUCAACAGGCGUCGGCCAGCGACGAAAAUCAACGGCGCAGUCGAGCUUGAGAAACCAGCGAGUAAUGUGAGCUUUCAUUCGAUUGUAACAAACCGAGAUAAAUUGAGGCUUGCAGCAAAAUCACCCAAGAAAUCCGCUUGUGUGGCGAGAAUUCCUUCAAUCGUUGCUAGUUUUAUUUGUCUUGUUUUAGUGGCCAGUCUGAAAUGAUAAAUCAAGACUUGUCCUGUUCAAUUUAUCGAUCGUUAGAACUUUUGUUUUCACUGUCUCAUAACCAUUGUUAGGCAGAAAAUUUGAUUUGUUUGAUUGGUUUAAAUUUAUUGAUCGAAUUAAUCGUGUAUCAAAGGAG